AUGAGUUUUAACUUGAAUAAGUCUGAUAAGAGCUUGAUCAUAUCAUUCAAACAGUUUCCAGAUGUUGAAAUCCUUAUUCUCUUGUUCUCAAAUGUCCGAAAUUCAUCGGAAAUAAAAGAAAACUUACUAUCAAGCAACAGCUCCUACAAUUACUCAUUUAUCAACCCUAAAAAUUUGCUAAAUCUCGAGCAAUUGUUUUCCUCAAUAUACAAAACAUUGAUAAACUAUAAAAACAACGAAGUGAAAUCAAAGACGUUAAAUUCAGAGUUCAUCUUUCAACUAUCACCCAACAAAAAUAUCUUUGAUUCCAUUAAAAGAUUUGGAAUAGCUCAAGAUUUGAAAGACCUAAUUGUUCUAAAAGCUUUAAAUAUCGAAGAAAAGGAAAUAGACAAAACCGAUCACAGCCAACCAAAUUCAUUGCAAGAUCAUUACAAACACAUAUUGGAGAUCGUUGAUGGCGAUUUGAUUGAGCCAAACGAUGAAAACAUAUCUAAAAUAACUGAUUUGGAUUUAAUUAGGAAAAACUAUAAAUUAGGCAAAGAAAUUUCCACUGAUAAGCAAAUUUUAUUGAAGGAGUUAAUUGGAGUAAUACAAUUGAAGGGCUAUUGA